GUACGGUUUCGUUCGUGCGGCGGGCAACUCGUGCGAAUGCGAAAAUAAAUAACAAAGGCGGCGGCACUAUCAGUGAUCGACAAUUCAGCGACCGGCAGAUCGGCGACCGGCGCAAAGCGCGCGUAAAUAGAGAAAAAUAUAAAUCAAGGGGAUUGAUAAAAGGCAGAGAACAGAAAACGAAUGACGUGUGAAGUGUGAGUGAGUGAGUGCGGGGGGGCGUUGUGUAAAACGAAGGAUUACAAAGUUCGCAAAAAAGGCUUACGCCGGGAGCAAAUCACAUAACCGUAACAGUAACAGUUUUGACAGGAAGAGAGCAGAAAAAGUCACAAACCAGCGCAGCAAAUCCCAGCUAAAAAUAGUCCGCAGAGAGAUAAAAUACACUCUGACAUUUUUGUUUGUGGCUAUUCGCUUUUUACAACAAACUCACGUGCCCAACGACACUUUGACAACAGAGAUACAAAUCUGUUUGGGAAGCCGAGCACGUGACCACCAAUUAAUGAAUGAGACAGCACCAGAGAAGAGCGAGAGAGACAGGGCACAGUGCGGGCUAGAUAAGUGAUAACGUCGCGAGGAAAGAAAUCCCGAAUCUUAUGCAAAUCGAGCGAAAAAAGUGAAACGCAAAAAAUCAAGUUUAAAAGUCAAAAGUGACUAACAGAAUUAAAUAAACAAUGCUUUAAAAGUUCAAAGCUACAAAACACAAAUGUUAAAUGGAGAAAAGUAAAAGCAGAGCUAUACAAUUAUACAUUUAGCAAACGGAAAUAAAUUUAAAGCCAAAUAUACAGUGAAACAUCGGUCACACCUCCUAAACCUUAAAAGUAAACACCUAGCGAAAUACACCUACAUCUACUUCGACUUUUUCCAUACAAAGGACAAAUUGACAACACAAUUAGUCAGUCUGUCACUUCACUUAGUUAGUCGGGCCACAAUCAGCGUAGAAACAAUCAAAAGCAGCCAGCCGUGCGAAAGAGACGGAGCGGACCGCCAGAGAGAGAGGGCAAAUCGAAUCGGUUGACGACGGCGAGGUUUGACAAUAUGUUGAGCCCCCAUAAUGAAGGAAAUUGAUACGGAGACAACAGUAGUAUGGCCAGCCUGGUGUUAUUCCGGUAACGCACCCACCGACAUACUGCAGCAGAAGCCAGCCAAGGCCACCACCGCCAUUGUGGGCGGUCGCAGCGCAGCCCAACCGGCGAACCACGAGGACCAGCAAGCGGCCACAACGUCCAAGUCCGCCAAGACAGCUACCAAGCGCAAGCAUCUCGAGCGGCUGGCCAGCGACCUUCAGCGGCAGCUGGGUCAGAAGAGCACGAGUAUCAGGAGUCGCUCGGUUAGCCCCUGUAGAUUCCCCACCGUUGCGGAAACGGCCAAAAUGCUUAGCGAGCGAUCGCUGCUGCUCAGCGGGUAUGGGGCCAUCGAGAGCAGCGCCAAGAAGCUGAGCGAAGCGGCCACCGGAGGCGCGGGUGGUGGUGGCGCGGUUAGUCAGGCGACCACGCCCACGCCCACCACCCAUCUGGGUGCACCCGCCUCCUCAGCCUCAUCCUCCUCAUCGUCGACCUCUUCCACCGCCACCACAGCGUGCACCACCAAUGCAAAUACCGCAUCGAUCGCAGCUGCCUAUGCCGCUAUGUAUCUGGAUAAGGUCAAGAACGAGAAGCUGUCGCCGCUGCAGAUGGACAAUCACAAGGAUGCGCCGAUGGUCACCAUACACAACAACAACAACAACAACACCAUCAACAACAACAACAGCAGUGGCAACAGCAACAGCAGCAACAACCACCAAUCGAGUCAGCAACAACAGCAGCCUCAUCUGGGCCACAGCGUCAAAAGGGAGCGGCUCAGUCCAGGGAGCAACAGCAGCAGCCACAACGGCGAACUCACCGUCAGCUCAUUUGCCAGAUCUCGCAGCGCCACGCCCUCCUCGUCAUCGUUUCGAGGCGGUGGUGUCUCACCCAGCCAGCAACAACAGCAACAACACUCCCAGCAGCAACAGCGCUUAAGUCCGCCCAGUGGCCCGUCAACGGCAACAACAACCACUGCAGCAGCAGCAGCAUCCGCCACACACAUGCCGCUGCACAAUUUGUCAACGAAUUUGUUAAAUAGCAUCCAGCAGGCCGCAAGUCAGCAACAUCGCAGCAACAGCGCCAGCAGCAACAUCAGUGGCAGCAGCAACACCGCCAAAGCAGAGGGUGGUGCCGCCUCGAAUGCCACGGAUUUCUCCACCCGCAACUAUUCGGACUUCAUGCGCUGUCUGGCGGCCAAGUACAACAACGCAAAUCCCAAUGACAACAAUGCAACACGUCGCAAUUCCUACUACGACAGCAGCAACAGUGGCAGCACUUCGGCGACAACAGCCACUGGAGGCGGAGGAGCAGCUGGAGCCGCAACCACUGGCAACCUGGGCACCUCCCUGAAGUCCGCCAGCGGCACCACCAGCAACAGUUGCACCACCGCCACGGCCAGGAAGCUCUCACCAUCGGCCAACUCAGCUGGCGCUGCCGUCAGCCUGCCCAAGGAGACCAAAGUGAGUGGGGCCGGUGGUGCAGGUGGGGGUGGUGCAUCGGCCGCUGGCGGAGGCUCGUCCCUCUCGCAGCUGGGCCCCCCGCCCGCCGCCUCCUCGCCUUCGGAGCAGGCAAAGAGCCAAAUGGCCGCCGUGGUGGCAGCUGCGAGUGUCUCGCCCUUCAUGACCAACUUUCUGCCCUUCUCGUCCGGCAUUUAUCCGCCGCUGAUAGACAUGAGCAGUACCCAGGCGCUACUGACGCUGGCGCGUGCUGUCAAAGAUGCCGAAAUCCAGGAGAUUCUGCGCACCAAGCAGCAGCGCUCCGGCUCUAAUGCAUCGUCGCCGAGUGCGAGUGCGGCGGGCACGCCACGUUCCAGUUCCACUCUGAAUGCCGCACUGCAUCAGGCUGCCCAAUUUGUUACACCCGCUCUGAUCUACUCGGCCCAGCUGCAGCAGCAGCAGCAGCAACACCAACGGCAGCAACAUCACGCUUCGCGGCAGUCUAGUCCACGAUCCACCAACGAUUCCUCGGCGGUGGCGCCCAUCGGUGGUGGCUCCUCGACUGCGUCGGCGGCGCCAUUGGAUUUGAGCUCCCAGCCGCCGGCCGCCAAGCGUUUUAAGGCCGAGCGUCGUGCCAGCUCCACCGCAACGACGGCAACAACAGCGACCACAGGCUCAUCCACAUCCACGUCCACACCAUCCCCGCCUCCGUUGCCGCUGGAGCACGACGAUAUCAAUUCUGGUAACGCCAACGCGGGCAUAGGCCUGGGCUUGGAAUCGGUAGCGGAAUCGGCAACGGCAACGGCAACGGGAACGGCAACGGGCGCGGGAGGAGACAGCUCGGGAUCAGGAGCCGGAACAGGAGGUGGCAAGGCCCGGCGACGGUGUCAGGCGCAGAGCGAGGAGGUUAACUCCUGGUCGGUGGACGAUGUGUGCGGCUUUGUGGGCGGAAUUGAUAUAUGCGCCGAAUACGUUCAGUCGUUUCGUGAUCAGUCCAUCGAUGGCACCGGCCUGCCGCUCUUAACCGAGGACCACUUGGUUAACUCGCUGGGCAUGAAGCUGGGGCCGGCUCUCAAGCUGCGCUCCAUAUUGGCGAAGAAAUUGGGCGGGCCGUGCCCGUGCGUUGCAUGCGUUGCGCAGGCGCAACAAAUGCUGGCACUGCAAACGGGUGGGGCAGCACCGGGAGCAGCAGCAACACCAGCAGCCACGGCAGCGGCAGCAGGAGCAGGAGCAGCAGCAACGAGUUGCAGCAUCAAGUCGGAGAUCUUUAAUGGCGGCAGCAACGGCAGCAGCAGCCACAGCAACAGCAAUCAGGGCAGCGACAUUGCCGCUGCACCAGCAACAGCCAGUUCGCCCAGCAGCAACAUGCUGCUGCCAGUGUUGCCGUGCAGCGGACUGCACGACGCCAGCUAGUUAUCAGCGCGCCCCAUAAAUAUUUGCGCUAAAUGAAUUGCAUUUCAACUGCAACAUUGCUGUACCAAAUGAGCUUUCAAAAACGAAAAGUAAUCACACACCCACAAACACAGAAGCAAAUCGGAUUGGAGACAAUACCUAAUGUAUAAAUUAAACAAUAAUUAUGUAAUUUAAUGGCUAGCUAAAGUUGAAAACUUUACGUGACAACAACAAUAAUCGCAAAGUCUUCCAUUUGCACCUACACAAAUCAUAUUUGUAUAACAUUAAUCAAUUUCUUAGUCAAUUUAAUGAGAGUUUUCGUUCACGUACUUAAGUGCAAAGCGCAAUUUGCAUUGAUUUUAUUUAUUUCUAUGACUUUCUUCGUUUUUAACUGCUAGUCAGUAAAUAUAUAUUUAAUAGAAUUCCGCGAAAUGUGAAGCAAACUUAAAAAUUCAAUUUUAUUGUUUUGCAAAUCGAAGUAAAAGGCUAUUUAUUUUUAUAUACCCUAAUAUACGGCAGAAUUGUUGAACCCCCAUGCUUUGUUCAGAUUUUAAUUAUUUAUGUUUAUACUUUCCGCGGCCAUUGCACAAAGGAAUUCGAAAUUCAACUUUUAGAACUAUGCAUCCUUUUAAGAGCUCCAAGACUUGAAACACACUCACACACCAUACACAAAUGAAAACAACAAGAAACCAGCAUAUAGAAAACGUAAUUUUUAGCUCCAUUGUACAUAUUGUUUAUUUAAUUAGUUGUAAGUCUUUUAGAUUUUCUAACACCUAGGCGGUAUGCAAUGAACUUAAAGAAGCAGUAGCGUGUUUCUGCGAUAUAGGAAUGAAAAUGAACUUGAUUUAUUAUAUACAUUUAAUGAACUAUAGCUAUUUUUCACAAGCUGAAGCAAAUAAAUUAUACCAGUUAUCAUAAAACA